AUGACGUUUAACCGACUUGGAGAGCUUCUCUUGCGACCCGGGAGCAGACCCUCAGAGCCCGGUGAAACACUGGGCAGCCGCGCCUUGGGAGAGCAGAGGAAGCCCUGUGCGGAGGGAGACCACGGUCCUGAGGCGGACACAGACCCCGACCCCGGAGUUGACAAACUUGGACCCCUUGCUUCUAGGCAACCAAAAGUUUUACCUCUUUUACAGAUAAGAAGGAUGAAGAUACCUUCAGUAUUUAAAAAGCUGGCCUUCACGGGGCCCUACCAAGGGACUGCCAAGAAAACAAAAGCACGCACUGAGAACUUGGGUCCAGUACAACCCGAGGAAGAUGCAGAGAAAGUCCCGAGAGGUUCUGUGUAUUGUAGAACCUCUGAAAAACCUAAGCCUUUUGGCCAGGAAGAGUUAAUUGUUAACGAUGGAAUUGCCCCACCACAAAGAAUCCUUUUUCCACCUGAGAAAAUUCGCAUGGAUUGGCAACAGCCACUGAGCGUUGGAGUUGGACUGCAGAAUCUGGGCAAUACAUGUUACCUUAAUGCUACUCUGCAAUGUCUGACGUACACACCUCCUCUGGCCAAUUACAUGCUGUCUCUUGAGCACAGCAAGUCAUGUGAGGAAAAAGGCUUCUGCAUGAUGUGUACAUUGGAAGCUCACAUUAACCAGGCCCUGCGUCUCUCUAACAAGGCUGUCAAACCCAUGUCUGUUAUCAAUGGCCUUAGAAGAAUAGGAAAGCAUUUCCGCUAUGGCAGUCAAGAGGAUGCCCAUGAAUUCUUGUCCUUCACCGUUGAGGCUUUGCAGAAAGCUUGCUUGAAUGGAAGCGCCACGUUGGACACAUCUUCUCAAGCCACCACACUUAUUUAUCAAAUAUUUGGAGGAUACCUAAGAUCCCAAGUAAAAUGCUUGAACUGCAAAGCCGUUUCUGAUGCGUAUGAACCAUUCCUGGAUAUCACUUUGGAUAUAGAGACUGUUACAUCUGUCACCGAGGCUCUGGAACAAUUGGUGAAACCUGAACAACUGGAUGGAGAAAACAGCUAUAAGUGUAGCAAGUGCGAAAACAUGGUUCCUGCCUCCAAGAAGUACACAAUACAUCGCUCCUCCAAAGUUCUCACCAUAACGCUGAAAAGAUUUUCAGCUUUUACUGGUGGCAAGAUCAACAAGGAUGUAAAAUACCCUGAAUAUUUGGAUCUUCGAGCAUAUAUGUCCCAGUCAAUGGGAGAACCACUCAUCUAUUCUUUAUAUGCAGUUCUUGUUCAUUCUGGUUCCACCUGCAAUGCAGGACACUAUAUCUGCUUCAUAAAGGCCGGCAAUGGAUUUUGGUAUCAAAUGAAUGAUGCCAUAGUGGAGCGUUCUGAUACCGAAACGGUUCUCAAUCAGCAAGCUUAUUUACUUUUUUAUAUCAGGCGCUAUGAUUUGACACUUGGAGAACGUGGUUUUUACUUACCAGCACCGUCUUACCCCUGUUCAUUCCCUGGUCAACCGGGGUCUAAUAGUAAGCAGGCUGGAUUUAUGGGACCACAACUUCCUCCUCAUAUGGUUAAGAAUUCAAGUCGCUUAAAUGGAAAUGGACCCCUAAAAGAGGAUACAAAUCCUGUGAGUAUGGCAUUAAAAAGGCCAUCUUCUGCUCCAACAACAGCUUGCAUUCAAAACUGGGCAAUGACCAGGCCUUCAGCUACAGAUCCAUCAAAAGCCCAGAAGAUCACUCUCAGUAUUCGUAACAAAUUGCCUGAGCAUCAGUCUGUGUCACAACCUGGCUGUCUUGCCAGUGCUUUGGAGAAUGAGGAUCUCAGCAAGACCGUGCCUUCCUCCACAACUACAAAUUCUUUCAGAGCAGAGUCUACCUCAAAUGCAUCUACAGUGGCAGUUGCAGCUAACAUUUCCAAACAGGAAGUUCCUGCUGAAAUGUUUGUAGAGCCAGCAGUGAAUCUAAGUCCUGCACUCGGCUCCGAUGCUACAGUCCCUUCCAGUGCGGAGUCUUCAGGAAAAUCUGAGGCGUCGAAUGGCGUGUUUAAAAUGAACUACAAAAUAUCUUCCAAUGGAAUUGUAAUUUGGAAGGUGGUCGGCACAUUGCAGAAUUCCCAUUCUUCCUGUGAGAGUGCUAAAGAAGAGAGAUCCCAUCAUGAGCUGCCACAAAAUGAUUCACUAAAUGGUGCUAUUAGUUUAGAUAUUAGAUCUAAACAAAAUGGACUGAAACUUGAUGAUUUUGCUCGCCACGUCCAACCUGCUAAACCUUCUGAGGUCUUCUCUGCUAAAACAAACGGAUUGCUUGAAGCAGUACCUGUAGCUGAGUCACCCAUUCCUCAAGAAAUAAUCUUAGAAUCCCUGGCCUACAACCGCCUGACCAUGUCGUCAGAGAAAACAAGAUCCCGAAGCAGAGAAAGAACAGAACAAGACAGGAACAGGUAUUACCAUUCCAAAGCAGAGAGAACUUGGAGCACAGAAAGACUCUAUCAAGAUGAAUCACGGAGAUGGGAAAAAUGCAGAUAUUACAAGGAUUAUUCCUCUGUUCAUGGAACGGAAGAUGGCAGAGAGAGGAAGUACACUCAUUUUGAGAAAGACUUUGACAAACUGAGUCAAUUCUACAAAUCACAUAGAGAUGAUCAUUGCAAGAGCAGAUGGGCUCACAACGCUCACUGCAGAGAGGAAGGAGUGCAUCACUUGGGCAGCCACAGAGGAAAUUUCCGUCAUUGUUCAGUACCUCAGCAGCAGCCUGAAAAACACUCUCGGGAAGGGCACGCACCUCCACCUGCCUCAGCUCAUGCACAGUUUGACAGCUCUUUCUGGGGAAACGAAAAACCGAGGCUUGGCAAGAGGAAACACGGCGACACAGAAGGAAGCAAAAGCCAGGUGGAAAAGAAAUGCCGCCAGAUAGAUGAUAAAUAUCAAGGGAAGGAUUCCAAACUUCAGGAUUUGGAUGGCUUUGUGUUUCGCAUUGACAAUGACAAUGGCGAACGGAAGGCGAAAAAGAAGAAACACAUCAGGAAACUGAAAGACUUCUCGGAAAAUUUAGGUUCUCCUCUUGAGAAGAUGACACAGGAGAAGAAGACAGUACCCAUUUUUUCAGGCAACUCUUUAUGUGAGCAAUAUAGAAACCAGGGCAGUGAAGAACCCUACAAGGACAGGAAGCCUUCUGGGGGAUGUGACAAGAAGAACUACGGCUUCAUCCCAUCCAGUGAGUACAUGAAAGAAAGCAUUAUAAAUGAUGCUCAGAUGACAGAGGAUCAGUUUUGUACCAGUCUAAACUGGUUCAAAAUGUGA